AUGAUAAAAAGAAGUAUUACUGAUUUCCAGGGACAUUUCCUUGCUCCCGAGAUCCGAGACAAACUCGCGCAACUUCGUGAUAACUGGAGAAUCUUGAAGACGAAGGCUGACAAGCGACGUCUGGAGCUCGAUGACUCGCUGCAGGCUCAUCAAUAUUUGGCUGAUGCAAACGAAGCCGAAUCGUGGAUGAACGAGAAAGAACCUGUCGUCGGCUCCACUGAUUAUGGAAAAGACGAAGAUUCAGCUGAGGCUCUUCUCAAGAAGCAUCGUGCACUGAUGUCGGAUUUGGAUGCCUUCAAAGGAACCAUCGAUGAUUUGAGAAAGCAGGCCGCCCAAUGUAAAUACCAGGAGCAACCAGUUGGACAGCUUGGCCGUGAUUGUGUCCUUGCGUUGUACGACUAUCAGGAAAAGUCUCCUCGUGAGGUGUCUAUGAAGAAGGGCGAUGUUCUCACUCUGCUGAACGCCUCGAACAAGGACUGGUGGAAAGUCGAAGUAAAUGAUCGCCAAGGCUUUGUACCAGCUGCCUAUGUGAAACGUAUUGAGCCAGGCACUGCUCAUCAGCACAGCCAACAGCAAGUCAACUCGAUUGGUGGAAAGCAGAAUGAGAUUGAGGACAAAUACCAACGUCUGAUGAUGCUUGGAGAAACACGCAGAAGAAAGCUCGAGGAAGCCUGCAAAGGAUACCAACUUCUCAGAGAAGCAAAUGAUCUUGCCGAAUGGAUCAAGAGCCGAGAGGCUGUAGCAGCUCAACAAGAAAUCGGUACUGAUUUGGAGCAAGUGGAAGUGCUACAAAAAAAGUUCGAUGACUUCAAAGGCGAUCUUAAGGCGAACGAAGUUCGUCUGCAAGAGAUGAACCAAAUCGGUAGUUGCAAUUUUUUUUAA